UAAUUAAGCAAACAAAUAUCUUCCAUUGCCAACGUAACUCUACUUCUUCAGGAAGAAAGAGCUAAACAGGGUUUGGAAGUAAGAGAGAAAAAAAAAAGAUGGAGUGUUGUAGGAGGCCAAACAGGAGUGACGUUCAUUUAUCAGUGGAAGAGGAGGCCGAAUUGGAGGAGAAGACGAGGGAAUACUUCGAUGAAAAAGCACCUAAACGUCACACUAAGCCUCAGCGAAGCGAAUAUGCUUCCAAGUACGUCGAUGCUCUCGCCGUAGGCGACGACAACGUUUCCGAUAUCCCGGAAUACGUUGAGUUUCAACGUCUGGAAAAUGAUCCUCAGAAAAUAGUUUUCAAUGGAAAUGAAGUAAAAGAGGAGUUUGCGGAGACUGAGUAUUAUAAGGGUCUCAAUUGCAUUGACAAGCAGCACCACACGACAGGUACAGGGUUCAUCAAGGUGGAGAACGCCAAUGGCAGAAGCUUCAGCCUGGAACCAUAUUUGGAAACCAGCUGCCAUGCCUCUUGCAAGGGAAAUCCAGCAACUAAUGACUGGACCCCGGCUGCUUCGGAUGAGGUUUAUAUUGCGUCAGACAAGCCUAACAGGAGUGACAAUUGAAUUAGAAGAACGUGCGGUGUUAUUUCAUCGUCUUUGUCACUCGUCAUGUGUUUCCUAUUUGUGUGAAAUAAUUUCAGAACCAGUUGAUAUGUAAUGCACGGUUAAUUUAUUUGGUAUCUUAACUAGAUAAUGAUCAGUCGCUUUGGAUAUUGAGCAA